UCAUAAGUCACAGUUCCCGGGCUCAGAGCUUGGGGAGAGGAAGGGGACAUGGCCAGCGGCUGGGCAGUGGGAGGGCAGGUGGCACCAGGCGCAGUCAUCGCCCUUCGGGGGACAGGGUAUAGAAGGCGCGGGUUUGGGGGGCGGGGAGGUGGGGCCUGGGAUCUGGGGGCACUGAGCUCCCUGCCCCCACCAGGGGAGUUGGAGGAGACAGACAGAUGCUGUCGAGAGCACGACCAGUGCCAGCAGGUCAUCCACCCCUUCACCAUUGGCUACGGCCACCACAACUUACGCUGGCACCCAAUUCCCACCCGCGACCGCGAUGCUCGGUGCAAACCCGGCCCCCAGGCGGCGGUGCUGCGGACCCCCCCGGUUUGGGGGCCACCCGGGCGGCCCGCCCCCCGCCCCGCCCCUGGCGCCCACGCCCCGGCCCGGGGCCCCGCUGGGAGGGUCCGGGCUCCCACCGGGCAGUCAGGGGGCCAAGGGAAGAAAAAGGAGAAAAGGACCAAGAAAAAGGACCUUUUGCUGACACCCGCCCCUGGCUGGGAGCCCCAGCUGGGCAGAGAGCCAGAGGAGGGAAAGAGCUCUGUGCCCCCCGCCGAGGAGGGCGCGGCCCCGGCCUGGGGCCGUCAGGACCGUGGCUCUAACAACAUCCUGCAGGAUGAGCCCCAAGUGCAGGAGACGGCAGGGACUCCCAGAGAGACCGAGGUCAAGGCCAUGGGCCAGCCAAAGAAGGGGAGGAGGAAGGGGCGUCAAGGGAGGAAAGGGCCCAGGAAGAACGCUGCGCCCUCACGGGGCCAAGCCUCGGCUGAGGGGUAGCAGGCGCCUGACACUCUCCCUCCCUCCCCCCUGGCACCGGGGCCGGGCAGGGCUUUCUGGUGGCUGCCCAGGGGCUGUCAGUUCCCGAACUGUGGAGAGGGCCGGGUGUGAGCUGAAUGGAGAUGAACGCCUCAAUAAAAACUCAUGGGGCGGAGUCCCACCCCCAGGGGCAAGGCCUUCUUUCCCUCACCUCAGGCUGGAGGAGCAGGCACAGGGAGGGUGGAGCCACAGAACAGCUGAGCUCCAGACAAGGGAGAUAAAGUGGGGGGGGGGGGAGAGAAUCUGUCCAAAUCUCUUUGGGGGGCUACAGCACUAACAGCCACUCCCCCCUCCCUCUGGUGCACGGGCUGACCCCCAGGGCAGCAGCGAGGGCUGAUAAGGACGGGCAGGAGGCCAGGGCCGGCCAGUGGCAGUAGCCAUUCAGCAUGGAUGGGCCCAGUCAGGGGAGCAGCAGAGUGUGGAAGGCACCAGAACCAGCCCAAUGGCCCAGGCUGUGGUGGGGGGCAGGACCCUCUCUCCCUAGGGGAGGGGGGGAAAGAGAGGGAACAGGGGAGGGCCGGCCCACUUUCCCAGGCUUCUCUAACAAAGCUGGAAUGAAGCCCAUGUAUGCAAAACCCCCAGAGGCCAACCCUGGUGAACAAAAAAGUGGGGGGAGGAGGCUGGGAUGGGGCCCAGUGCCCGGCAGUGCCGAGGCCCUCCCCAGGGCUGAUGCUGCAAAGAACGCCUAACAGUGGGGGCCGGGCAGAUCCUGGUGGUCCGGGAGGGCCACAAACUGCCUUUUCAUGGAGGAUUCCCUGGCUCUGGAGCAGCACCGGCACCCCGAGGUGACAGGGCAGACCCCCAGUGGGCACCGGGCCGCCCAAGCUUUCUGAGGGGACCCCAGCAGCUGGAGAAAGACGCGGCACCACGCUCUGUAGAAACACUGUUUAUUCCAAUGGACAGGGCGGAAGCUGCAGUGAGGGGCGGCCAUGCAGCGGCAAGGCGGGUGGGGAUGGGGAGGGAAGGGUGC